AAUAAUUUGUUUUUUUUAAGCUAAUUUCAAAAGCACCACUUUGUAACUUUUGGAAGUAAAAAAAAAAAAGGACAUCACACCAAAUACUUGUAUAUAAAAAGGCCAAAGAGAAACAAACCUCAAAACAAAACCUUCAUUUCCAAAAAAACAAAAAAAUAUGCUACUUCAAACUACAGCAAUGGCGAACAAUGAAUCAGACUACGACAGUAGCUGUUCCUCCAUCACCAUUCCAGACUCAAGCCGGAGCUGGAUGAGCAGCAGCCUGAGCUUCAGCAGCCGGAGACAGAGCUCAGUCUCAGUGAGCUCUUCAGCCGCUGAGUCAUCCACAACAGUCAGCUCAUCCUCCCAGAAGCCACACAAGGCAAACCAAGCGGCGUGGGAAGCUAUGAGUCAGCUUCGGCUGAGCACGAGAGGUGGGCGAGUGGGCUUGGACCAGUUCCGACUUUUGCGCCGGCUGGGGAGUGGGGAUAUAGGUAAUGUUUACCUCUGCCAGAUAAGAAACGGCGUCGUUGGGUCAUCUGGGACGACGAAGACGACGAUGUCUUCGUUUCCUGAUCAGUGCUUUUAUGCCAUGAAAGUUGUGGAUAGAGAAGCUUUGGCGAUUAGGAAGAAGCUACAGAGAGCUGAAAUGGAGAAAGAGAUUCUGGGGAUGCUUGACCACCCCUUUUUGCCCACUCUUUACGCUGACUUUGAUGCUUCUCAUUACUCUUGCUUGGUUAUGGAGUUUUGUCCUGGUGGUGACUUGUACUCCGCUCGUCAACGCCAACCUGGCAAACGAUUCUCUAUUUCUUCUGCCAAAUUUUAUGGUGCGGAAACGAUCUUAGCACUAGAGUAUCUCCACAUGAUGGGGAUAGUUUACAGAGAUUUGAAGCCAGAAAACGUUCUAGUUAGAGAAGACGGCCAUAUCAUGCUCUCUGAUUUCGAUCUCUCACUCAAAUGCGACGUCGUUCCGAAGCUCCUAAGGCGUAGUAAUAAUAAUAAUAACAAAACGAUGACGUCAGAUAUCGAAACAAACGACGACGGAAAGUACGAAAGGAGUUGCUCAACGACACCGUCUUGUGCUCUUCCCAUGCAGCCUGUUCUCUCGUGUUUCUCAGUCGCAAAAAGGAAAAAGAAAACAACGGUCGUUACAACGAUAACUGAAAGAGCCGACGGUCACGAUCCCCAUCACGAACAAGAAGAUCAAUUAGUACACGUGGACGAUCCAGAAUUGGUGGCGGAACCCAUUCACGCAAAAUCAAAGUCCUUCGUGGGAACACACGAAUAUUUGGCCCCUGAAGUGAUAUCUGGUCAAGGGCAUGGGAGUCCUGUAGACUGGUGGACACUCGGAGUGUUCCUCUACGAAAUGUUGUACGGAAGAACACCGUUUAAAGGAGAAAACAAUGAGAAGACUCUGGUCAACAUUCUUAAACAGCCGUUGACUUUUCCGAGAACUGGGGUUAGUAGUGCCAAAGAGUAUGAAGAGUUGGUUAGGGUUCAAGAUCUUAUAAGCAAGCUUUUGGUGAAGAAUCCCAAGAAGAGACUUGGGAGUUUGAAGGGUUCUGUUGAGAUUAAGAGACAUGAGUUCUUUAAGGGUGUGAAUUGGGCUUUGAUUAGGUCUGUUAGGCCACCGGAGGUUCCAAGAGAUUUGAUCAAGAAAAAGAAUAAUUCUAUGAGGAAAGCUCAUAAUAGUAAUUAUUUACCAAAGUUAAUGAGCAAGAAAGAGAGGGAGGAACCGUAUCAGAUCCCACAUCACCAUCAUCAUCAUCAUCAUCAUGUUGAUUACUUCUAAUAAUAUAUAAUUUAGCUUUUUUUUUAUAAAAGAAAAUUAUAUUGUACAUAGGUGAAAACAGAUGAAGAAAAAAAAUGAAAGAAAUAUUAAUUAAGAGACGUUUGUUAAUUUUCUAAUCUGUUUUUCCUCGAAACGAGAAACAUAAUUAUUAUUGCUAUGGAUAAUGUAAGAUGAACAAGCUAGUCAUUAUGUUUUGUGAAUUAUAUAUUGACAUCUAAUUAUUAAUUAAGUUCUUUUUAAUAA